AUGAGGUAUUUCAGUCCAAUCUCAUGUGAUGGGUUUACAAUUAAUUCUUUAAAUGAAGCAGAUAAUGAAUUUGAAAAUUAUUUAUUUUCUUCAGAUUCUGAUUUUGACGAGGAUUUUGAUACCAAUGAUCAGCUUAAAAUUAGUGGUUCAUUUGAUAUGUUUGAGGACAAAGAUUGUAUUUUAAAACCAUUAGCAAAAUGGGCAGUGACUCAUAAUAUCACUCUUAUUUCUUUGUCUUCAUUACUGAAAGUAUUAAAGGUCAUAAAUGUUUUAAAGAUAUCCCAGUUGAUGCUAGAACUGUGUUAA